AUACCCGUGAAUGACGCCCUACCUCAUUUCUUGCGUAAAUUACUGGAGGUGACAGAAGCGCCGUCUGCUGUGUGCCGAAGCUUCACAACGGAUAAACGGCUCCACUGAAGUGCCUUCGCUCAGCGCGCGAGUGUGCGUGCGUGCGUGCCUGUGUGUGUGUGUGUUCCUGUGAGUGGUAUGUGUUUCUGGGCUGGAGUAGAAGAGAGUAUCUUUCACACACACAGGGACAGAGGGAGGGGAACUGGAAGCGUGCGUUGAUGUCGACAGGUGCCCUCCCCUCAUCAAAAUCUCUACCACUGACAUGGUGACACUUGUUCAGAAGUCUGGGUUCGAGGUGGCUCGUGCACACAGAGCGAGAGCAGCGCGGAUGCUCGCGACUUCUGAAAGCAGGUGAAACGCAUCAGGCGAAGACCUCGUUGUGAUAAAGACAAAUCUGCUGAUGAGCAUUUGAACACUGUGACCGAGGCUCUGGUCCCAAGUUUCUCCGUUGCACAUCACUUUAUAUGCGCGCCUUCCCGGUGCCAAGCGCGCGUGUCCAGCCGGCGCUGGCGAUGCAAUGCCGCGCGACCACGGCGGCGACGAAAGCACCUCUGGCCUCUGGAUGAAAGCGUCUCCAGGGCGCCGGGCCGAGAACUACGGCCUGAAGGAUGUGGAGGGCGGACGCGGGGCGAUGAGCAGCGCCGAGAGUGCGAGGAGAGCCCGCGGCGCCCGGCUCAGUCUGCUCGGCAAGCCGCUGGCAUACGGGGCGCAGAGCGGCCGGCGGAACGCGCGCUACCGGAAGCUGCAGAACUACCUGUACAACGUGCUGGAGAGACCGCGCGCCUGGGCCUUCGUCUACCACGCGUUCGUCUUCAUCCUGGUGUUUGGCUGUCUGGUCCUGUCUGUGUUCUCCACCAUCCCGGAUCAUAUGGACCUGUCUAACCACUGCCUACUCAUACUGGAGUUUGUAAUGAUCGUUGUGUUUGGUCUGGAGUACAUCAUUCGAAUCUGGUCUGCUGGAUGCUGCUGUCGUUACAGAGGAUGGCAAGGGAGACUGCGCUUCGCCAGGAAGCCCUUCUGUGUCAUAGACAUCAUCGUGCUCAUUGCGUCUAUUGCUGUUGUGUCGGCCGGCAGCCAGGGAAACAUUUUCGCCGCGUCCGCACUGCGCAGCCUUCGCUUCUUACAGAUCCUGCGGAUGGUGCGCAUGGACCGGCGAGGGGGAACCUGGAAACUGCUGGGAUCUGUAGUCUACGCUCACAGCAAGGAGCUGGUAACUGCCUGGUACAUUGGGUUUCUGGUACUGAUCUUCUCCUCGUUUCUGGUCUACUUGGUGGAGAAAGAUUUAAACAAGCAGUUUACCACCUAUGCUGAUGCACUUUGGUGGGGGACGAUCACUCUUACUACCAUUGGCUACGGGGAUAAGACGCCACAGACCUGGCCAGGUCGGCUCCUGUCGGCGGGUUUUGCUUUGCUGGGGAUCUCAUUCUUUGCCCUACCUGCGGGGAUUCUAGGUUCGGGCUUUGCUCUGAAGGUUCAGGAGCAGCACAGACAGAAACACUUUGAAAAGAGGAGAAACCCAGCUGCCAGUCUUAUACAGUGUGUUUGGCGUAGUUAUGCGGCUGAUGAGAACUCGGUUUCCAUUGCUACCUGGAAGCCUCAUUUGAAGGCAUUGCAUACCUGCAGCCCUACAAAGAAAGACCAGGGCGAAUCCAGCACCAGUCAGAAACUGAGCUUUAAGGAACGGGUGCGCAUGGCAAGCCCUCGUGGUCAGAGCAUUAAGAGCAGGCAGACAUCACUGAAUGACAGACGCUCUCCUGUGACUGAGGUAGCCACAGAGGGGAGCAGCCCAGCCAAAGUACAAAAGAGCUGGAGUUUCAAUGACCGAACACGUUUCCGACCCUCGCUCAGGCUCAAGAGCCAAUCACGCACUAUGCCCGAAGCUGACAGUUUGGGAGGAGAGGAAUGUUUUGAUGAGAAAGGCUGUCACUGUGAUGUCACUGUGGAGGACCUCUCUGCUCCUCUGAAGGCAGUCAUCAGGGCUGUCAGAAUCAUGAAAUUUCACGUGGCCAAAAAGAAGUUUAAGGAGACUCUGAGGCCAUAUGAUGUGAAGGAUGUGAUUGAGCAAUACUCAGCCGGGCAUUUGGACAUGCUGUGUCGUAUCAAGAGUCUCCAAACUAGGUUGGAUACAAUAGUGGGUCCACCACAGACCCUGAGCACCAAAGCCAAGACUUUUUCCUCUCCCUCCCUGCACUCGUAUUACAGCCAAGCCAAGAGGAAACACUCAGCCCCAGGACUUGUCACAGGCUUGUGUCCACAGCAGAGCCUCAACAGCAAGGCCAGGAACCUGUCCUCUCCUACUCUGCACUUGUAUUACAGUCAGACCAAGAAGAAACACACCGGCUCAGGGGUGGACCAGAUUUUGGGAAAAGGCCAGAUACCCAUGGACAGAAAGAUAAGGGACCGAAUCCUUCCAGAGGGCGAGUCUCUGGAACAUGACAUGAGCAUGCUGGGCCGUGUGUGUAAGGUAGAGAGACAGGUGCAGUCAAUUGAGUCAAAGUUGGACUCCUUGUUGGAUAUCUACCGUCAAGUUCUCCAGAAAGGCUCAUCCUCAGUACUGGGCCUAUCAGCUCUUCCUCUGUUUGAGCUAGAUCAGACCUCAGACUACCACAGCUCAAUUCAGAGCAAAGAUAUCUCCUCCACUCAGCUGAGCAGAAGUGGCAUUUCCCGCUCAGUUAGUGAUAACUUGCCCUGUGGUCUUCAGCUCGUUCUGGCACCCAGUGAGCUCACCGUGGGCACUGGCUUCCCAGCAUCCUCUUCCUCUUACUCCACAUCUCCGCUGCUUCAGAAUCCACCAUCUAGCCCUGAGAGUGUGUACCCAGCUUCCCCUCCUCCCAUCCUUACUCCCAAUAACCUCUCCAGAGCUCAUUCCAACUUCCCUGAGCUAACCGGACCUGUUCCUAUGACCACCCCCAACACACACACACUCCAGCUGCCCUCUGCGGUGCCACUGCCUCCAAGCAGGCCAUCCAGCAUGAUCUCAGAGACAUUGCAAGAAAGCACUCCCAGUGCCUGCCUGCUUAACACCCAGACUGAAGUUGUUUCGGACACAGAGGCUAAAUGUUCAGAGAGCACAGUGCAGCUCAGGAGUAGGCCUGAGCGGAGCCCCAAAGAGGAGGGCUCCUGGAGGAGACACUUGAGUCUCGAGAUUAAUCCACUGAGCCUCACAUCUUCCUCAGCAGUCAACCCGCUGCAGGCCGACCGGGCGUUGGGAAAAUCACUCUCUGCACAGAACCUCAUGCUCCCAUCAGCCACAGAGUGCCACCCCAACCUGUCGGCUCGGAGUAGCGGCAGCAGCAACAAUGAGUCCAAUGACCGGGAGAUGCUGACAGACUGGGGAGAAACAGAACUCUUUAUCACUGAUAAAGAUCUGGCUACCAGCAAGGGGAACUUCAACCUGCUCUCUCAGCAGAGCACAGAUGCUAGCUUCUCAAUGGAGCUUGUACAAAUGGUAGCCAGUGGACCAACUCAGAGCCAGACAAGGCCCUCGGGCAGCUCAGAGUCUCCUAGCCUGCCUCACAUCCUUUUAAAAUAAUGCUAACACACAGAGCAGCCUCGGAGUGGAGACUGGACACACCCAACAAUCCCUUAUUCACUUUUUUCCAAAGGAAAGAGGGUGGCAGCUUCACUUCUUGCCUUUUCUAAGUUUUAGCUUCAGUUCGUAAAAAGAUGUGAUGUUCCUCAUAACAUUAUGUUCUUACAUGCCAUUGCAUGGAUAAUUUUGUCAUGAUGGGAUUUUAAAUAAGUAGAAGGUAUUAAGCAUUAAAAGAUGACAUGAAGGAUUAUAGUACUGAAUGAGCUCUGAUCUCAGUCUUGCAUGUGCACUUGCAUGUUUAAAAUGCAACCACACAAAGGAUUGAGAGUAUUUAUGCAUUUGUGGUUAUUAAUGGCCGACUCGGUCUUAGAAUUCAUAUUUGAGUCUCCUUUUUUUUUCUUUAAAUAAUAUGCUUUAUUCAGAAAUGUAUGUCUUACUUAAGUUAAAUAUUUCACCAGUAAAAGAAAUAGAGCAUAAGCACCAUGCAUAUUUGUGGUAUAUGUCCAAAACAAUUCCCAACAGGAUCAAAUAACCAGAGUUUAAUUGAUUUUAUGUGACUGCCUAGAAAUCUGCAUCAAUAUCAUCAACACUGUCUUCUUUAGAUUUUUUUUAUGACAUUUCUAUUGUGUAGCCUCACAUAUUACAUAAUUUAUCUCACAUUUGUAUUGUUUUAUUCUGUAGCCCACCGCAGUCUUAAAGUCAACCUAAAAUGCUGCUUAACGUUCUUCUAUUAGCUGGUUAUCAAUAUAACUUCAAUAAGAAUGUAACACACAUAUGAUGUCAAUAUCUGUUUGUAUAUCAUGAGACAAGCCUACUAGUGUUGAAGGAUUUUUGGAGCAGUGCAAAGCCUCUGGUACACACUGAGGAUGAUGUUGGCACUGUAGCUUACAACAGUUGGAAGCACAAAGAAUUACAAGAAACCUGCAAAUGUGAUGAAAGGUUUUUACAUAAUUCAGAUUUGUAAUCCAGAUAUAUGGACAUGAUGAUACAUUAGACAUUAGGAUGUUGCUUUGUGUUCCAUCGAAUCAUUAUAGCAUACAUAUAUUUGAGUUGCAGAAAAAUUAUGUAGAUUAAUGUUAAUAAUGAAGACAUUUUAUUUUUAUUUGUAACUAAAUGCUUCAUGGUGCCUUUUUGCAUAGUUAUUUGAUGUUACCUUGUUCCAAUCCUCUUUAUACUCUUCCCUUGGCAAUUUCUAAGAGUUUAGGUUGGGAGAGUUACACAUUUCUAAUUGUUUUACUAAGCCUUUGUAUUUUUUUGUAUGUUUUGCCACUAAUUCAGUAAUUUAUUACACAAAACUGGCCUUAAUAUACAUGCUUGAUAAUGUUUCCAUUCUGUCAUGCUGAUUAAUUUAUUUUUAACUAUGUGCACAUAACAGAGCUGAAGCUCUGGGUUUAAAGAAAUAAAUGCAAAAAUAAACUUUAUCAUACUUCAAUAAAGAAAUG